AGCCCCGCCUACCGCCCGCCGCACUCCGGCAGGGCGCGCGGGCCGCCAGGCCCCGCCCGUCACCGUGCCGUGCCGCGGCGCGCGGCUCGGCGGGCGCGGCUGACUCAGCGGCAACGUCCGGCUGCCUCGCCCCACUUCCGGGGGGCGGUCGGUCGGCUGGCGGGGCGGAGCAAGAUGGCGGCGGUAGCGGCGUUACCGGUGUCCCUGUCGGGCAGGUUUAAGGGGUCCUUUGCAUAUUUUACAAUUAAAGACAGACUGCCCCAGAUCCUCACAAGAGUUAUUGAUACACUGCAUAGACACAAAAAUGAAUUUUUUGAAGAACAUGGUGAGAAGGGUGUUGAAGCAGAGAAGAGAGCUAUAUCUUUCCUCUCCAAACUGCGGAAUGAACUGCAAACAGACAAACCGGUGACCCCUUUAGAAGAUGAGCUGCCUGAUGCUGCUCUGUGGAACCAAUACCUAGACUACCAACGAAAUUUAUCAAACGGAAAUGGAGAACCAAGUUGGUUUCAGUCCCCUUGGUUAUAUGUAGAGUGUUACAUGUAUCGAAGAAUUCAUGCAGCACUAGUACAGAACCCACCUAUUGACAACUUUGAUGUAUUUAAGGAAGGAAAGGCUCAAAAUUUCUUUGAAUCCCAAGAGGCUGUUAUUGCCUUAUGCACUUACUUUCAGGAACUUCUUAAAAACAUCAAGGAUCUAGAUGAAAAGCAACUUCAGGAGGAACUUUUUAAGCUAUUGCAGGUGUCAUUGUGGGGCAAUAAGUGUGACCUUUCUUUUUCAGCUGGUGAAGACAGCUCUCAGAAAUCUAGUCCUUUACAAUCCCUGGAAAACAUGAUACCAUACAUCUUAGUGAAUGAUAUGGAAAAACUUUGGUCACUGCUUGUAAACACCAAAAAAAGAAAUACAGGAAAAAGUAAUGUUAGAAUUGACAUAAUCCUGGAUAAUGCGGGAUUUGAACUUGUCAGUGACCUUGCGUUGGCUGACUUCCUCUUAUCAUCAAAGCUAGCUGAUGAAGUCCAUUUUCAUGGAAAAAGUAUUCCAUGGUAUGUGUCAGAUACAACAAAGCAUGAUUUUAACUGGACUAUUAGACAAUUACAGUCAGCUAAUCAUAUGUGGAUGUCCAGAUGUGGGAUAAACUGGGAGGGCAAUUUGAAAAAGGGAGUUUGGGUUUACCAUGAUCACAUGUUUUGGACUUUGCCACAUGACUUUUCCAGUAUGGCUGAAGUUGCUCCUGACUUGUAUGCUGACCUACAGAAGUCAAACCUGCUUCUUUUCAAAGGGGAUCUAAACUAUAGAAAAUUAACAGGAGAUAGAAAAUGGGAGUACACUGUACCAUUUCAUCAAGCCUUGAACAAGUUUCAUCCUGCGCCUCUCUGUAGUGUGAGAACACUGAAAUCUGACACUCAGGUUGGCCUAAAACCUGGACAAGGUGAAAAAAUUCAGGCAUCUGAACCUGAAUGGAUGGUAAGCGGAAAAUACGGGGUAGUUCAGUUUGAUGCUGCCGUCUAGCUAAAAGGUUCCUAAUAUUCUGAAAGAGAGAUUAAGUCUGAGUUUUAACUACUUUCUCUGUUCUGUGCUUGGAUUCAGCAAAGAUUCUUUUUUGUUUGCACUUUUUCCUCCCAAGUGAUUUGUUGUUUCUGUUCCACAAAAGACUUUAAUGGUGUGCAAAAGUUUACAAACUGUUUUUGUAUACAUAAACCAAUCUGCAAUUCAAUAUAUUUUGUUUUCCUAAUGUCCAAUGUCAGCAGAUGUUUAAGAGGAACAUGUAGUUGUCUGUAAUUUUUUUUUAAUCAGUACAGGUGAGAGUUUAUGGCUAACAAGUGAAAAAACUGCUUCAGAAACCAUUUCCUCAAUCCCGCUUUAGCGUGUAUUUACUUACUUCAGGAUAAUUUGUCCUCCAUGUGCCACGCAUGCAUUGCAUGAAAGUAAAAUAUUUUAGAGAAUGCACAAAUUAAUUCCAAAUGGACUCUUUGCAACCCAUUGCAGGAUCAUAUUUUAAAACUGUUGAAAAUUGAGUUGGUUUCUACCAAGACUUUAUUACGUAAAUUGUUUUUUAUUUGCUGCUUGUGUCCGUGGACAAAUAACUUUUGAUGUUUUGAGUACAAUUCACUGUACCCAAGAGAAGAGAUCUUGGGUGAUACCUUGUAAGUAUUAAUUUAGAAUUUGAAAGUUAAAUUUUAAUUUUAAAAUACAAGUGGAUGUUGCUUGCUGCUUUGCCUGUAGGAGGGGACUUGUCCCGUCUAGUAGGAAGAUCAAUGGGAGAAAGGACAAUCUCAUUUUAAGAAUAUGGAAGAUAUUGUUUAUCAAGAACCUUUACCAAAAAAAAAGCACACAACCCCCCAAACCAACCAACCCAACCAGUUACGUUAAUUGGAUUGUAGAUUUAAUAUGGAUUUGAUUUAAAGGUGGCCUGUUAGCAGUGUUUGUGGUUCAAGCACUGCUGCCGCUUUCCAUUGUGAUAAUUGUCUUUAUUUGUCAAAUGUUUUGGGGUUUUUUGUUUGUUUUGUUUUUUUUUUAAAGAAUGCCGUUAUUUUCGUGGGUGAAAUACAGCCCCAGUUGCACCCAGAAAUACAUGCUAAGAAGCAUACACCAUACAGGUUGCUGCUAAUUGGAGUUGUUAAAUGUCCAUUUUUUCUCUUCUACCCUGGUCUUAAAUUACUGAGAAUCUUUGGAAAAAUUUAGGGAUAUUUUAGUGGUUUUUCAGAGUGAGGUGAAAUGGAAGUGGAAAUGCAUUAUCCAGUUACAAGAAAAAAAAAUAGAUUCUGUCAAGUCUUAAAGUACUUCUGUGGUUUGAAAUAGGACCUUUGAUAGGGGACUGAUGUGAUGCCAGUGAUAACCACAGGUUUGCUAGAAAAUGGGGGCAGAAUUACCCAUAGUCUGACUGGGUUAUGCCCUUGUCUAGAGCCGCUAAAAUGGAGUGAACUUGCCCCUGGUAGCCAAGGUGUCUGUGUUAUAGAUAACAAGAGUAGGGUUUUACACACCUCUUACACAGCGAAAAGGAGGGCACAGAAGUGACCUUAUUUGAGUAUCUUCUGGAAGUGCUGCUGCAGCAAGGGAAUUAGAAUGACUGGUAGAAACUGGAUUUAGAAAGACUCCUGCGCUUAUGGUUAACCUAAGACAAGGGUAAGCUUUGUCAGGCCUGAAGAAGUGGGAGGGGGAAGAUGGGGCAGUAUUUUGUACCUAUUUCAGGCUUUAAAAAUGAAGCUGGGUUCCCCUUCUGGCCAGGAAAUCACUGGCAAAGCACGUCUUCUGAAGAAAGAACCACCUGCUGCUUACUGUGCUCAUACAAUAAAGAUCUACACAGCGGAUAAAUAUACUCCAACUGCUGAUGACUUUGAUUAUUUGUGUUUGUGUGUUUUUUCCACCUGAAAGUAUAUUAAUAUUUUAAAGUUGCAAGGGCGAGUAUUCAAAAGCUAAGGUGCUAGGAAUUUCAGGAGGCACUGUGACAUUGGAGGUAGGGUUCUACUUUUGAGACCUGGGUUUACUGUUCUCAUCCCUAUAUAGCUCUGGCUUAGUACUCCUGAAGGAUGGACUCGUGCUCAUCCUUAGGCACCUGAUUAAACUGUGUAAAUUAGAAGUUCAGUCAAGAGAGCUGAAGGUCAGGCUGCUGAAGGUGUUUGACUGGAGAGAGCUCAGGGGACUCCAGCUUUAGUCCUUUGAUCAAAUACAUAAACGACAUGAUGAAUCUGGGCACUGGAGCCUUAGUUUAUAAUCUGUGAAAUGCUGUUAACUUGUUUCAGAUACACUGUGAAGCAACAACUUUGGGUCAAGAACAGAGGGGUGGAAGUUGUGGAAUAUGUGCAAUGAAAACUUCCCACCUCGUUCAGAGAGAAAAAAUUAUUAGGGGAAAAAAUCUGCUUUGCCUGUGGACAGAUUGCAAGGUGCUGACUUAACUUGCUGGAGAGGUUUAAAAGUGUUUAAUGGGCAAGAAGAGGAAGGAUUGUUUCAGUGUUGAGACUACCUGAGAAGAAUAGGUUUGCCUCUUGCACAAUCCUUACACAUGCUGAGAAACUUAGUUUUAUUCUUCACUGGUGGUUAAUCUGUGCACAGGUUGCUUUCGAGCUGUUCCUUCUAGGAACUCACAUGCAGGUCAGCGAAAAUUAAUAUUCUGAAGUUAUGAUAAAUAGAAUCCUACAAGGUGUGAAAUCACUGAGGAGAUCAGCAGUGUUCGCUCUAUCUCUGAAUCGUCUCAUUGGAGAUUGUUGCAUUAAUGCUUCUGAGGAAGUAGGGUGGUGAUUUCAUGAGAACUGUAAGACAUGUAAUUCUUAGAUUAGCAUUUGAAUGCUAAUCUAAGAUAUGAUGUCAUGCUUGGAGGGGGUAAUCAGUUCUCCAGUUCAUUAAGUGAGCAGUUUCCAUCUUUUGCCCCUCACAAAGAGAAGUUUAUAUAGUAGCAUACAGUGUGACUACAUAGUUAUGUGAGGAAUGCACAGCCAUAACUUCCAGAUAUUUAGUUGCUUGACUUCUAUAGCGGUAAUUGCAAGUGCUAUCUAUAGAUGCAACUGGAUAUGCAGCAUACUUUUCUGUUUGUUGGUUGGCUAUAUUUUUGUAAAAUUUGGAUUGUUUCUUUAAAAACAACAACAAAAGGUGCUAUAAUGCCAGUGUUACAUUCUCCCAUGCCACAAAGAAGCAGUGAGGACGGAUACUCGGUUGAGCACUGUGCUCUGCUGUUGGGCUAGCUACAGUUUAGUUGAAAAUAGGAAAUGCUUCUGUAGCUACUUCGUGUUAAUUACUUGUGUAAUAUAGCUUCAUGAAACGGCAGCAUGUGCCUACGGUAUUUAGGUGGAAUUUAGUGUCACAACAUAAAGCAUAUGUUAUAACAAUAGCAUAUGCUAUAAUAUAUCAUAAUUUUUUGUCUUGAGUAUUCAAGAAAGUUGCUUCUGUACAUCUGUAUUACAACUGAUUGACCAAAAUGCUUGUACAGCCUAACUCAGGAGCUACUGAUUUGUAUACCCAAAUUCUUGAGAAUUUCACUUCACAUGUCAUUUGAAUAUUUAUAGCAAAACGUAGGGCAUUUUUAGUAAUUCUGAGGACCACAACAGACCAACAUCUUUUGACUUCUAUUUUUUUUUUUAUUCUACCUUUUGAGCAACUGUAUUCGCAAAUCAGUUUUUGGCAGCAAUGAUUUUCAUUUGUGAUAAAACAGGAGGAAAAGUAAUGUCCCAGGCGCAGUGAAAGCCAGUAAACACAUCUGUCUGAAUACUUGAUAAUUCGUUGGAUAAGAUCUGUACAAUAAUGCUGUAUGUAUAUAAGGCUUCUUAAAAUGAACUGAUGUGGAAAAUCUGUUGAUUGUA